AUGAUAAACUUUACAGAGGUUUCAUAUUUGACUUUUGGUGCUUACUUUGAUAUCGGGCAUUUUAAGUACUUAUUUUUCUGGAUUAUAAUGUGUUUUUAUGUUGCCAUUAUUUGUGCCAAUGUGUUGCUGAUUGUGGUUAUCUGUCUGAACAGGAGCUUACAUGAACCCAUGUACAUUUUUCUCUGCAACCUGUUUGUAAAUGAGCUGUUUGGUAGUACAGGGCUGUUUCCAUUCCUUCUGGUUCAGAUCCUCUCUGACAUUCACAUUGUUUCGGUUUUCUUCUGUUUCCUGCAGAUUUUCUGUUUAUACACAUAUGUAAAUGUACAGUUCUAUAACUUAGCUGUAAUGUCUUAUGACAGAUAUCUCGCGAUCUGUUGUCCUCUUCAAUAUAACACACGUAUGACAUCUAACAAAGUUUGUGUGCUUAUUGUUCUAACAUGGUUAUUCCCUGUAAUUGUGAUUGUCAUCAUGAUAUCAUUGAAUGCCUCUUUACAGCUGUGUGGGAACAAUAUUGACAGAUUGAACUGUGAUAACUAUUCUCUUGUAAAGUUGGCCUGCUCUGACACAAGCGUUAAUAACAUCUAUGGACUCAUUUACAGUUUCACUGUAUUGAUUCUUGUAUUUGUAAUAUUUUACACAUAUAUAAGGAUUCUUAAAGUUUGUUUGUCUGGUUCUAAACAGACGAGACAGAAAGCUGUCAGUACCUGCACACCUCACCUUGCUUCUCUGCUCAACUUUACUUUUGGUUGUUUUUUUGAAGUAUUACAGAGCAGGUUUAAUAUGAGCAGUGUACCCAUCAUAUUACGCAUUUUUUUAUCUUUAUACUUUCUCACUUGCCAGCCGAUCUUCAACCCUUUAAUGUACGGACUGAAUUUGACAAAGAUCCGCAUCAUAUGUAAAAGUCUUGUACUGUCGAAAAUCACACCGAGAUUUCGGACAGGAGGCCGGAUGCUGGAGGCGAAAAGGCCUAGGGCAUCGGUGGAGAAGGCUGGAGAGGUUUAG